ACACCUCACAAAACAACUCUCUUGUUAAAAACCCAAAGCGUAUUGGCUAAACAAAUCAAUAAAAAGCAAAGCAACCCUUCUCUCUAUUCGGUCUCUGUCUCUGAAGAAUGCAAAGACAAUCUCUAGGCUCACCAGUAACCAAGCUCCACCCCCAUGGAGAAGCCGAUACUCUUUUAUCAAACGACACUAAACCAGUAUUCAAAGAACUGCCUCCUUCUACUUCACUCGCACCCGACGCUGACGACUUAGAUCACAAAUCAACAAAACCACGCCGAUUCUUUUCUUCUUCAUCCGUACUUUCAUCUGCGCCUCCAAAACCAGAGCAACUCAUUCACCUUAUUCCUUUCCUCACCCUCUUUUGUUUCCUUGUCCUCUUCCUUGUCUCCCAUACUCCUUCUCAAUCAGAUUUGGCUCAGUUUAAUGGACUCUCUAACCAUAUAGCGAGUGAGAGUAUUGGUGGAUUAAGUGAGGUCCGAAGAGGCGACGUCUUGGCGACUCGAAGUUUCGGAAACUUGCAAGAGAUUGCUGCCGACGAACUCACCUCCCUCAAAUAUCGCUUUCACCGAAAACUCGUCCAUUUCUAAGCCGCCUUUUUUGGCUCUUUCUCUUUUUAUUACCUCUGCUGCCCGUCUCUCACAGCGCAUCGCACGUGCGAUGUCUGCUUGCUUACACGUGCGUUUUACACACACACACACUCGCACUCGCACGUAUUCAUUUAAUUAAAUUCCAUGUGAUAUUUUUUUAAGAACAAUGAUAUUUAUUUACGUUCGGCGAAGAGGACCUCUGUUUACAGCGCUUGUUUCAUCGUUUUUAUUGAAAAGCAUGACUAGCAAGAGAUUUUUCUCGUAGAAAUAUAGAUAGAAACAAGAAUACAAUGCUAUGAGGAGUGCGUACGUUAGUGUUAGGCGAUGAAGUAUGUUAGAGUGCGCCUAAAGCGGUGAUUGGGGUCCAGCUGGAGAAGUGGACCGUUAUGGCAGUUAUGGCAGUACGUACUUCCCUCGAAUUGGGGUUGGGAAAGCCAGCUGGAAAGUAGGGUGGCGUGUACUCUCUGAUGCUAUCAGGUACUCAGUCACUGUUGCCCGCGACUUUUUCUUUUAAUCUUUGUUAAAUAAACCGCUUCGAUAACCUAAGCCCCAAUUGCAUGGUUGUUUCAUGAUGCCAUGGUGAUCUUACCUUUUCAUUUUUUCGCCGACUAAAUUGGUAUUCUGAAAAUUAUUUUUAAAUUUUUUAAAUGUUUGUUUAUCAUUAAUAAUAAAUAUUUUCAGUAAAAAGUAUUUAAUUUAAAAAAACAUAGAGAUAUAAAAAAUUUAAAAAUAUUUUGUUAUUUUUUAUUUAUAUCAAAUUUAAUCUUUAGUUUUUGGAUUGCUAUAUAUUUUAUUUUGAUUUUUUUUGUUUUAUCUUAUUUUUUAAUUGAAAUUUUUUAUUUAUCAAAUUUAAUUUAUAUUAUUUUGAUUGUUAUUUUUUUUAUUUGAAAUAAUUUAUAAAAUUAUUUUAUUCUUUUUUAGCUUUUUUAUUUGUCAUAUUUGUUUUUAAUUUUUUUAAAUUUCAAAAAAAUAAAAUAUUAAAAUAUUAUUUUAUUCUUCUUUAGCUUUUUUAUUUGUCAAAAUUGUUUUUAAUUUUUUUUAAUUUUUUUUUAAAAUAAAAUAUUAAUAAGUUAUUUUUUACGACUUAGUCAAAUACUGAAAAAUAUUCUCCAAUUUAUUUUUUAUGACGCUAUUAAAUAUUAAAAAAUAAAUUAUUUUUGAUGAAUUUACUUUUAAUAAAACUUUUUUUUAAAAAAAAAUAUUUUCAGAAACAAACUAUUGUCUUAACUGUUUUAAUAUUUCAAUUUUACUGUUAUAAAUUAUGUGAAAGUUAUAACAAUGAGAUCCAAUUGACUUUGAGGUGUUUGAGAGUGGUAAUAGUUGUAUUUUAAAAUAUUUUUAUUUUGAAAAUGCAUUAAGUUAAUAUUUUUUUAUUUUUUAAAAUUAUUUUUGACAUUAGUAUAUCAAGAUAAUUUAAAAAUUAAAAAAUUAAUUUUUUAAAAAAUUAAUUUUUCAUAAACGGUUGGAACACAAUUCCAAAUAGCCUCUUGGAUAAUCCAAAAACAACUAUCCGAAUAUUUUUUUUAAAUCUGAUUUAUCCAUACAAGAAAACAAAUAUCUAGCAUCAUCAAGUAUAGUGCUACACUUGCUUACGUUGCAAAUUAAAAAGAUAGGACAAGGAAUUAAUCUCAACGUUCAAAGAAACCUUCCCGUUGGGAAAUUGAUGGGCGAGACAUUCGUUUCCUUCUUUCCAAGAAAAUAUACAGUAAUUUUAUGUCUUUAUUCUUGUUUUUGCCUAUCAGGUGCUACCGUGUUUUGAGGCAAGGACCAAUUUCUACAGGUGGUUACAGUGUAGUAGCCGAACUAGGCAGAAAGAUAGCAGAGAUUCUUGCAAAAGUAGAGCCAUUCAGAGAAAAGAGAGAGGAACUGGAAAUUAGACGAAAUAACACGGAAUAACUUGAACUGGAGCUUUCGCUCCACGAUUUAUAAACAGUGCCCAACGAAUGGCAUGAGGCCCUCGAAAGAAGCAUCGAUGUAGGAGGCACCUGUGAUUGAUAUUUGAUUUUAAAUUUCUUUUUAUUCUCUCUCUAUCCAAUGAAUGGCUUACUAUCUUUGCCCAUGAA